UUCCCAGGACUCGAGUCACCGCCAUGCUCUUCCGCUUCGGCGUGGUGGUGCCGCCCGCGGUGGCCGGCACUCGGCUGGAGCUGCUGCUCGCAGGAUCGCGGCCCGAGUUGGGGCGCUGGGAGCCGCGCGGCGCCGUGCGUCUCAGGCCGGCGGGUACCGCGGCGGGCGCGGCCGCGCUGGCAUUGCAGGAGCCGGGCCUGUGGCUCGCUGAGGUGGAGCUGGCUCCGGAGGAGGAGGCGGCCGAUGGGGCGGAGCCGGGCCGCAUUGACACGUUCUGGUACAAGUUCCUGCAGCGCGAGCCGGGAGGCGAGCUGCACUGGGAAGGAAAUGGACCUCACCAUGACCGAUGCUGCACAUAUAAUGAAAACAACUUGGUGGAUGGUGUUUAUUGUCUCCCAGUAGGACACUGGAUUGAGGCCACUGGGCACACCAACGAAAUGAAGCACACCACAGACUUCUAUUUUAAUAUUGCAGGCCACCAAGCCAUGCAUUAUUCAAGAAUUCUACCAAAUAUCUGGUUGGGUAGCUGCCCUCGACAACUGGAGCAUGUGACCAUCAAACUGAAGCAUGAACUGGGAAUUACGGCUGUCAUGAAUUUCCAGACUGAAUGGGAUAUCAUCCAGAAUUCUUCAGGCUGCAACCGCUACCCGGAACCCAUGACUCCAGACACCAUGAUGAAGCUGUAUAAGGAAGAAGGCUUGGCCUAUAUCUGGAUGCCUACUCCAGACAUGAGCACUGAGGGCCGCGUGCAGAUGCUGCCACAGGCUGUGUGUCUCCUGCACGCGCUUCUGGAGAACGGACACACGGUGUAUGUCCACUGCAACGCUGGUGUGGGCCGCUCCACUGCUGCGGUAUGCGGCUGGCUCCACUACGUCAUCGGCUGGAGUCUGCGCAAGGUGCAGUACUUCAUCAUGGCCAAGAGGCCUGCGAUCUAUAUCGACGAAGAAGCUUUGGCCCAAGCACAGCAAGACUUUUUUCAGAAGUUCGGGAAGGUUCACUCUUCCAUAUGCACUUUGUAGGUGACCAACCACCUCUUCUAACCGCCUUAGUAAGGAACUUGGGGGUGUGGCUAGUGGAAGACCUGGAGACAAAGGCGCCAUCUGAACAGGGGAUGGUGUUACCUGGAGAUACCUUCUAUUGUGGCUUGGUUGGGCUUAGGUGUGAAAUAUUUUACAAAGGAAACUGAAUGCCAUGUGAGAAAACUUCAAAGGACACUGGCAGUGCAAUGAAUGCCCAUAGUUGCUGAUGCCGUGGGCUGGGGGCCUUUGCCUACAGGCUUCGCAUAGAUGCAUUUAUAGAUUUGUGACUCUUUGGCAUGCAAAAGACAAGAGAGUGGUUAAGUGGAUUUUUAUCAUUACUGUGAGUGUCACACACACACACACUCUGCAUGUGUACACACACACACACACACACACACACACACACACACACACACACACACACACACAGCUUUUUACUGAACUGAAAUUGCAGUCAUGGCUUUCUGUAAUUCCCUUCAUCCUGUUUCAUAGUUGUUGACAUCUCUAAGACACCACCCUCCUAAUUUUCCUGUCUUCCCGGUAUGAC